GCUCCUAGGCCAGACGGUAAAAUGGUAGGAGCACAAGCGGUUGCUUUAAGAGUCUCUGGUGACAGGUCGGCUUUCUAUAACUGCAAGAUCAUUGGCUUCCAGGACACUUUGUGCGAUGAUAGGGGCAACCAUUUCUUUAAGGAUUGCCAUAUUCGUGGCACUGUUGAUUUCAUUUUCGGAAGUGGGAAAUCUCUGUAUCUGAAUACAGAAAUAUUCGUGGAAGGAGAUCCGGGACUUACAGUAAUUACAGCACAAGCGAGAGAGAGUUCAUCAGAGGAUACGGGUUAUUCGUUCGUGCAUGGUAGCAUUUCUGGAACAGCGAAGAACGCAUUUUUGGGUAGGGCUUGGAAGAGCAGUCCGAGAGUUGUGUAUGCAUAUACUGAAAUGGGAAACGUCAUCAAUCCUGUUGGAUGGUCUCAUAAUGUCCAACCUGAACGAGCCAAAACUGUUUACUAUGGAGAAUACAAAUGCACGGGGCAAGGAGCAAAUCCUAAGACACGAGAGCCAUUCGUCAAACAACUGCCAGAUGCGGAGGCUCAACCAUUUCUGGUUCUUGACUAUGUUGAAGCUACCAAAUGGUUGCUUCCUCCUCCAACCAUACCUAAUUAAUUCAUUCACUGGAAACUUAAUCAUGUAGGCAGCAUAUCUUCACAGUAUUAGUGAUUCAAGCAGACCCUCGCCUACCUCUUCGGAGGGUGGAAAUAACCAGCCU